AGAAAUCUUCCCCUUCCUUUCCUGUAAAUUUAGCUGUCCAGCGAAGCUGCGGUCUGACUGUCUAAAGUCUUUCUUAAUUAUUAUUUUAUUUUACAACAAUGAGCGACAAAGGUCUGUCGGACGAAGCAGUGGCAGCAGCUUGUAAAGAUGGAUAUCCUAUAACAAAGGAUUUCAUGAUGCAGCAAACUAUGCUGAGAGUGAAAGAUCCGGUUAAAUCCCUGGAUUUCUACACCAGAAUCCUCGGCAUGAUGCUCCUGCAAAAGUUUGACUUUCCCUCCAUGCGUUUCUCUCUCUUCUUCUUGGGCUACGAGGACAAGAAAGAGAUUCCUGCAGAUGUGAAGGAGAAGACAGCCUGGACCUUUUCCAGGAGGGCCACCAUCGAGCUGACACAUAACUGGGGUUCAGAGUCUGAAGAGAGUCUGACUUAUCACAAUGGAAACUCUGAUCCGCGUGGCUUUGGACACAUUGGAAUUGCUGUCCCUGACGUCCAUGCUGCCUGCAAAAUGUUUGAAGAGCAAGGAGUCACGUUUGUUAAGAAACCAGAUGAUGGUAAAAUGAAAGGCUUGGCCUUCAUCCAGGACCCGGAUGGUUAUUGGAUUGAGAUCCUGAGUCCGAACAAUAUGGUGUCCAUCACCUCUUAAAAAACAAACAUCCUACUUGCUGUUUCAUAAGGCCAGACCUGUUGUGGCUUCAUUGCACUGCACAAACGAACUGAUGUGCUGGAGAGCUGAGGGCAAAUGGAGCAAGAUCUGUGUGAUCUGUGUUACAGGUGCUGGACUAGGGUUGAACAGUUGAUGAGCAAAUAGAUUAAUGAGUUACAGCUGUUUAACUACUUUGUAUAGUUUUCGCAUUUGUCAGCCAUCCUCACGUUUUGUAUUAAAAAGUGAUGUUGAAAAAAGUGCUAUUACUGUGUAAUAAAUGUUAAAGCCACAGUUC